CGAAGGAGGAGGCGAGAGUUAUUCCAUAAUGCUCUGAGCCAGGGAAGGUUAGCACAGGGACCAGUGUGAUUUGUACGGCUGCGGGAAGAUGCGUGUGCUUGUUGCUUGCUGGAUGGAGAGAGGCGGCGAAAAGGGAAUGAGUUUUCAGUACAGCUAACAACUAUUGCUUCCUGCUUACAAAUUCAUACGUAAUUUUUUAUCCAAUCCAAAUGUAUGCAUAUUUUUCACUGGAAACUUUUUUGUCUCAUUAUUUAUUCAUAGUGUUUUCUUUAUUUUGUAGACUAAUUCGAAUUGUUUUAACUUAAUUCUUUAUUUUCUUUGAAUUUCAUUUGGAAUUCCACCUGUGCAUAUUGCGCUUGUCCCUCCUCGUGUCGUAUGCGUCUUCAGCCUCCAGUCUCCGCUCUGACUCAGCCGCACUCACCUGGACCAGAGCUCAAGGAGGCGAGACCCACAUGUACCCCGCAGAGCAUCGCGCCCAGAAGCGGGGAAGGCUGCACUAAGGCACGGCGUGGCCACUUCAAGAGAGACGUACAGUUGGAUCUAAGCACUUAUCAUAAGACAAUCACCAGAAGCUCAUACCUCCUCUUCCCAACGCGAAGAGAGAGAAAGAGAGAGAGAGAGAGAUACUGAUUUGUACAGACCAUCGUUCAUUGCAACUGGCAUAUUGAAGAAAUAUAAAGAAAACUUAAGGAAGAAAGUGUGUGGAUUGAAAAAAAGAAAAAGCAUAGCUUGGAUAUUGAACGGUGCGGGGCAUGUGGAUAUUGGCUGUCAUCUUUUUUCAGUGCAUCUUGAAUGUUUUCAGUGAAGAUUUACGUUCCAGCUUAUAUUUUGUCAAUGCAUCUGUGCAAGAGGUAGUGUUUGCCAGCACCACAGGGACCUCGGUGCCCUGUCCCGCCGCGAGCGUGCCCCCCGCCUCGCUGCGCUGGUACCUGGCCACCGGAGAGGAGAUCUAUGAUGUCCCCGGGAUCCGCCACGUGCACCCAAAUGGCACCCUCCAGAUCUUCCACUUCAACCCCUCCAGCUUCAGUAACCUCAUACAUGACAACACCUACUAUUGCACAGCGGAGAACCCCUCAGGGAAAAUCAGGAGCCAAGAUGUCCAUAUUAAGGCUGUUCUACGAGAGCCCUACACGGUCCGCGUGGAGGACCAGAAAGCCAUGAGAGGCAAUGUGGCAGUGUUCAAGUGCAUUAUCCCAGCCUCAGUGGAGGCCUACAUCACCGUUGUGUCCUGGGAAAAAGACACAGUGUCAAUCAACAUCCAGACGCCUCGGUUCCUCAUCACCUCCACGGGAGCCCUGUACAUCUUGGACGUGCAGAAUGAGGACGGAUUGUAUAACUACAGGUGUAUGACACGCCACCGCUACACAGGAGAGACCAGGCAGAGCAACAGCGCACGCCUCUUUGUGUCAGACCCCUCCAACUCGGGGCCGGUCAUCCUGGAUGGUUUUGAGCGUCGCGAGGUGAUGACAUCACACCGGGUGGAGCUGCCGUGCAAGGCGUCUGGUCACCCGGCCCCGAAGUACCGCUGGCUGAAGGACAACCGUCCGCUAGAGCCGGACAGCCGCUUCAGGCAGAGUGUGACGGGCCUGUUGAUAGAGAGGGCGCAGCCCAGUGACAAGGGAAGCUACGUGUGUGAAGUGUGGAACAGCUAUGGCAACGCAGAGGUGGUGGGGAGGCUGCAGGUCAAAGAGCCCCUGAAGGCAGUGGUCAGCCCGAGGAAGGUGAAAGGCAGCGUAGGUAGCCAGGUGUCUCUGUCGUGCAGUGUGAGUGGCUCGGAGGAGUACGACCUGUCCUGGUACCGGAAUGGAGAAAUGAUCUACCCUGGGAACAGUGUUCGUAUGACUGGCAACAACCGGGAGAACCUGGUCAUGGCUGGGAUGGCUAAGAGUGAUGGAGGAGCCUACCAGUGCUUCGCUAGGAAAGGCAAGAUGUCCGCCCAGGACUUUGUCCAGGUCAUCCUGGAAGACGGCACGCCCAAGAUAAUCUCUUCCUUCAGUGAGAAAGUGUUUGGAACCAACGAGUUUGUGUCACUGUUCUGCACGGUGAAAGGCACACCAGAGCCCAGGGUGAUGUGGACGCUGGACGACGAUCCGGUCAUCAGGGACUCCCGCCACCGCAUUGGCCACUACACCGACCAGGAGGGCCAUGUGAUCAGCCACCUGAACAUCAGCCAGACAACAGGGCCAGACGGGGGUGUCUACCGGUGCAUCUGCAACAAUUCGGCCGGGGCGGUAUCCUACCAGGCGCGAAUAAACGUAAGAGGGCCUGCCAGCAUACGACCAAUGAAAAACCUCACCGCCAUUGCUGGGCGGGACAUGUACAUUCACUGCCGCGUCAUUGGCUACCCGUACUACUCCAUCAAAUGGCACAAGGACGCCAACCUGCUCCCCUAUAACCACCGGCAGCGGGCGUUUGAGAACAAUGGCACGCUAAAGCUGUAUGAUGUACAGAAGGAUGUGGAUGAGGGAGAGUACACGUGUAGCGUGCUGGUCUCACCUUCUCUCUCCACCAGCCAAAGUGUGCACGUCAGUGUGAAAGUUCCCCCCACCAUCCAUCCCUUCGAGUUCCCUCGUUUCUCUAUUGGCCAACGUGUGUUCAUUCCGUGCGUGGUGAUGUCAGGUGAUCAGCCUGUCUUCAUCACCUGGCAGAAGGACGGUCGGCCAAUCCCGGCCAGCCUCGGCGUAACGAUCGACAACAUAGACUUCACCAGCUCCCUACGUAUCUCCAACCUGUCUCUCCUGCACAAUGGCAACUACACCUGCAUCGCACGCAACCAGGCCGCCACCGUGGAACACCAGAGUCAGCUCAUCGUCAGGGUUGGAGUGGAUCCAAAUCAACCUACCACUAGGCCUAUGUUGGUCCCUCCAAAGUUUGUGGUGCAGCCCAAGGACCAGGAUGGCAUCUAUGGAAAAGCUGUGAUCCUCAACUGCUCUGCAGAGGGAUACCCCGUCCCUACCAUAGUGUGGAAGCACUCCAAAGGUGCGGGGGUUCCCCAGUUCCAGCCUAUAGCCUUGAACUCGGGCUUCCGUAUCCAGGUACUGGUCAACGGCUCUCUGCUCAUCAAACAUGUGCUGGAGGAGGACAGCGGCUACUACCUGUGUAAGGUCAGCAAUGACGUGGGAGCUGAUGUCAGCAAGUCCAUGUACCUCAACGUCAAAAUCCCAGCCAUGAUCACGUCGUACCCCAACACCACGCUGGCCACGCAGGGCAGUGAGAAGAGGAUGAGCUGCACGGCCCACGGGGAGAAACCCAUCAUGGUGCGUUGGGAGAAGGAAGAUCGCAUCAUCAACCCAGAGAGCAGCCACCGCUACGUGGUCACCGUCAAAGAGGUGGCUGAUGAGGUCAUCUCCACCCUGCAGAUCCGGCCUACAGGGAGGGAAGACUCUGGCUUCUUCUCCUGCCAUGCCAUCAACUCCUAUGGUGAAGACCGAGGGAUCAUUCAGCUAACAGUGCAAGAGCCCCCGGACCCUCCUGAGGUGGAGAUCAGAGAGGUGAAGGACAGGACCAUCGCCCUCCGCUGGACCAUGGGCUUUGACGGAAACAGCCCAAUCACAGGCUUCGACAUUGAGUGCAAGAACAAAUCAGGCUCCUGGGAAACAGCCCAAAGGACCAAAGAUGUGUCUCCCCAGCUCAACCAGGCCACCAUCAUAGACCUGCACCCCUCCUCCACCUACAGCAUCCGCAUGUUCGCCAAGAACCACAUCGGCAAGAGUGAGGCCAGCAAUGAACUCACCAUCACCACAGACGAAGCAGCCCCUGAUGGUCCCCCACAAGAUGUGCAGCUUGAAGCUUUCUCCUCUCAGAGCAUCAAAGUCUCCUGGAGGGCUCCUAAGAAGCACCUCCAGAACGGAGCGAUCCGAGGCUACCAGGUGGGCUACAGGGAGUUCAGCUCCGGGGGAAACUACCAGUUCAAUGUCAUCACCAUGGAGACGACGGGGGACAACGACCACAGUGAGAGCAUCACCCUGGACAACCUGAAGAAGUUCACCCAGUAUGGGGUGGUGGUGCAGGCCAGCAACAGCGCUGGGACUGGACCCUCCUCCCAGGAGGUCAUCUCUACCACACUGGAGGAUGUUCCCAGCCGACCUCCAGAGAACGUCCAGGCCACGGCGGCGUCACCAGAGGUUAUCUCUCUGUCCUGGCUGACCCCUCCUAAAGAUGCCCUCAAUGGCAUCCUGCUUGGCUUCAGAGUCAUCUACUGGGCCAACCUGCCAGACGGAGAGCUGGGGGAGAUCCGUAACGUGACCACCUCUAAGCCAUCUCUGGAGCUGGAUGGUCUGGAGAAGUACACUAACUACAGCAUCCAGGUGCUGACCUUCACCCGGGCAGGGGAUGGGGUGCGCAGUGAGCAGAUCUUCACCCGCACCAAGGAGGACGUCCCUGGUCCUCCGGCUGGCGUGAAGGCAGCGGCAGCAUCUAACUCAGUGGUGUUUGUGUCGUGGCUCCCUCCUCUCAAACUCAACGGCAUCAUCAGGAAAUACACUGUCUUCUGCUCUAACCCACACCCCACGGUGAGCAGUGAGUUUGAAGCAGCUCCAGACAUCUUCUUCUACCGUAUCCCCAACCUGAGCAGGAACCGUCAGUACAGCAUCUGGGUGGUGGCCGUCACUGCAGCCGGCCGCGGAAACGCCAGCGACAUCAUCACCAUCAAGCCCCUGGCCGAGGCUCCUGCUCAGAUUCUGACGUUCAAUGGCACUGUGACCACACCCUGGAUGAGGGACAUCGUGUUGCCCUGUAAGGCGGUGGGCGACCCAGCCCCCACGGUCAAGUGGCUCAAGGAGACCAACGGAAGCCCCGCCCCUGCUGUGAUCGACAGUAGACGCAUCAUCCAGGGCAAUGGCAGCCUAGCCAUCCGCACAGUGAAAGCUGAGGAUUCUGGGAACUACACCUGUGUGGCUAGCAACAGUUUUGGGCCGGAUAAAAUCAUCCUCAACCUGCAGGUUCAAGUUCCUCCAGACCAGCCUCGUCUUACCGUUACCAAGACGACCACCACAUCUAUCACUCUGUCCUGGAUACCAGGAGACAACGGAGGCAGCUCCAUCAGAGGCUACAUCCUGCAAUACUCAGAGGACAACAGUGAGCAGUGGGGCAACUUUGCCAUCAGCCCUAGUGAGCGUUCCUAUCGCCUGGAGAACCUGAAGUGUGGCACCUGGUACAAAUUUACACUGACAGCACAGAAUGCUGUGGGGCCAGGGCGAAUCAGUGAGAUCAUCGAAGCUAAGACUCAUGGGAAAGAACCCCAGUACUCUAAAGAACAGGAGCUCUUCACCAGUAUCAAUGCCACGCGUGUCAAGCUCAACCUGAUUGGCUGGAACAACGGUGGCUGUCCAAUCACAUCCUUCACGUUGGAGUACCGUUCGGUGGUGUCUCCCACAUGGACCACCGCCCAGCGCACCUCUCUGAUCAAGAGCUACAUCCUGUAUGACCUGGCCGAGGCCACCUGGUACGAACUGCAGAUGAAGGUGUUCAACAGCGCCGGCUCAGCAGAGAAGAGGGUCAAGUUCGCCACACUCAGCUACGACGGCAGUACCAUCGCUCCCCUGGUGAAGGCCCCGACGGUGAGUGCGGGCAGCACGUCCAGUAACGAGGGUCUGAAAAUGGUGACCAUCAUCUCAUGUGUUCUGGUGGGCAUCGUGCUGGUCUUCGUCCUGCUACUUGUCCUCAGGAGGCGGAGGCGGGAACAGAGACUGAAGAGGCUUAGAGAUGCUAAAAGUUUAGCCGAGAUGCUGAUGAGUAAAAACACACGACCUGCAGACACCAUCAACAAGCAGCAGCAGACCAUGAGGAUGCACAUCGACAUCCCCCGAGCCCAGCUGCUCAUAGAGGAGAGAGACACCAUGGAGACAGUCGAUGACAGGUCCACAGUGCUACUGACUGACAAUGACUUUGGGGAGACCCAGAAACAGAAGUCAUCUACGGUUACCCACACUGUCCACUACCAGUCCCUGUCACAGGCCACCGGACCUCUAGUGGAUGUAUCUGACGCUAGGCCAGGAACCAGUAAGUCCAACCCCACAGCCCGCCGCACAGCCAAAGCAGGCCCUGCCGCACGCAACCGCUACGCUAGCCAGUGGACCCUGAACCGACCACACCCGCCAGUCUCGGCCCACACCCUGAGCACUGACUGGAGGCUGCCCACGCCACGGGUGGCCGGAUCUGUGGAUAAGGAGAGUGACAGCUACAGUGUUAGCCCAUCUCAGGACACAGACCGAGCGCGGAGCAGCAUGGUGUCCACAGAGAGCGCAUCAUCCACCUAUGAGGAGCUGGCGCGGGCCUACGAGCACGCCAAAAUGGAGGAGCAGCUGCGCCACGCCAAGUUCACCAUCACAGAAUGCUUCAUCUCGGACACGUCUUCGGAGCAGAUGACGGCAGGCACCAAUGACUACACAGACAGCCUGACAUCCAGCACGCCCUCCGAGUCAGGCAUCUGCAGGUUCACCGCCUCCCCGCCCAAGCCUCAGGACGUCAGCCGAGUCAUGAACAUGGCCGUGCCCAAGGCUCACAGACCGGGGGGCGAGCUUGUGCACCUGCCUCCUUACCUGCGCAUGGACUUCCUGCUGAACCGGGGCAUGUCGUGCACGGGUACUGGAGGGAGGGGUGGUGCCGGGGGGGAGGGGGCCAUGGGUCAGGCCUGUCUGGAACCCCAGAAGAGUCGCUCCCUGAAGCGGCCAUCGCGUAUGGCGCCCCCUACACCCACAGAGGCCCCCCAGGCCACCAGCAGGGCCAGCAGCAGGGACCCAGUGCCCCAAUGGCAGCCUGGCUCAGCCGCCACCCUGCCCCACAGAGAGGGCUCAGAGCUGGCCCAGGCCGCCAAGCUCAGCACCUCCCAGGAGUCCCUACUGGACUCACGAGGACAUCUCAAACAGACCAACAACCCCUACGCAAAGUCCUAUACGCUAGUAUAACACCAGAGGCAUGGGGCCGGACUAAAACUCACACUAACACUGGACUUAUUACACUUACAAGUGCAGUAAACUGACUCUCACCACACAGUCCUGUAUAUAACGUCCCCUUUCUUCUUAAACGAGGGAUAACUUUUACUAAUCUCCUUUUAUUUAUUUUGGAGCUUUCUUUGUUUUUUAAACUUGUGAGAAAUUUCACUCAUCUGAAAUGACACGCAGAGCUUGACAAAAUAUUUACGUUAUGCGGGAACAUCAUUUAUUAUUGAUUAUUAUUUUUAAUCAAUAAUUAUUAAUCAUGGAUUAUUUGUUGUUAGUUGUCAACUUUUAAUGAUUAUUAAUUAUUGAUUACAAAUGAUCAAUUAUUACCAUUACUACACUGUUUUAAUAAGAACCUGGACAACUUUUUUCCGGAGUGUGAGAUGAUAAUUUGGAGCCCAUCAUUUUUUUUCUAUGGAAAAUUCCUUUUAAACACUGAAUGAAACUUGGAAAAAUCUGAAAUCUGAGAAUGAAAGCAAUCGACAGCAGUCCAAACUUGUCAGCUGCUCUCAAAUUGUUACUUUUUGAAGAAAAAAUAAACCUAUUUCCUAUGGAUGCAUGGGGACUGACCAAUUAAAGACUAUUAUAAGGAUUAUGAUCACUACUGGACAGCCCAGUUGAGCAUUUUGUCACACUAUGAAAUGAUCCAAUGUGAAGAUUUAUUAUUCUUAUUACUAUAAAUAUAUAUAUAAAAAGAGAUCACUUUUAUUUGUGGAUAUUACAGGGAAGAAUUGAUUUGGUUAAUGAAGUCCUUAGUCAUGUUUGCACAUAUCUCGUUUUGAUUAGGAAAUGGAGUCACUAUUGAUAUUUCUCUGUAUUCCAUUCUCUGAUGGUGCAAUAUGAAAAAAGAUUAUGAAAAUUAUAUGGAUACUAUUUGCUCUAUACUGUACUAUAAUGAAAAUAAUGACUAUGUUGUGAGUAUACUUACAGGGCGGGACAAACUCCAGCUAUGUAUCAGGUGUAGUUUACCACUGCUAAUUUGCCAGGGUGGUAGAUGAAGUUAGCUAGAACAGGGAGGGUUAGAGAUUUAACGGUUUGCACUUCAUGACACCCAAAAAGUGUGUCCAGUCAGAGCCCCUAUUCUCAGUGCACUAGGUAGAGUCUUCAAGACUCUCACUCUCCUCUUCAGUAGAUUUACUGUUGCUGCAUUGCAGUGAUGCUCCUCUACAGGGAAAAAACAAUGAGACAAUCCAACAGAAUCCCCCUUUCAAACCAAACCUAAAGUCUAUGGGAAAUAUCUAUCUAAAGUGUGGAUAUCACAAAACUGUCUUGUUGUUGUCUACCCUGGCCCAUUUCUUUCUUUCUUUAAGUCGUGGAGGGAGAGUUUGAUAAGAAUGCUGUGAGGUUAUUAAUGCCAGUUUUUAUUAUUAGUUUUAAUUCAUUGUCUUCAUAUUCCUUUUAACAAGAUGUUGCUUUUUAUUUUUAACAUGGUGUUCACCAUGGUGGCACUGAAAUAAAGAGAAAUUAACACACCGUUCAAAUUUGAUUAAUAAAAAGGCUGUUCCCAAAAUGA